UUAUGUAACAAGAAAGCAUAUACAAUUUAAUUCCUAAAGAGUAUGUUCCUCCUCCAAAAGAGCCUAUGUAUAGAUCUGCAUAUCCAUCAAAUCUUGUUCCUACAUCAAGCACUUUUAAUAAUCAUACAACAAGCCGACCAAAAGUACCUUUGUCUGUUAUCUUUAAAGAUUAACAAUAUUAAUGGAGAAUUUGAAUUAGUAAAAGGUCCUCAUUCUCACAAAGGGCAAUCAAACUCUCUCGGUAGACCAAAAGGUAAAUUAAAUUAAAUGAUAAGAUAGGUUCAUAUAAACCUGAUACUACAAUGUUUAGAUUAAAGAAUACAGGAACUAUGGGAUCAAAUUAAUUACCUGAAAGUAUCAAAAAUUUAUUAUAAUUAGUUUAAUCUUAUAAAUAUCCACCUUCUAUUAAACCAAAUGUUCCAAAAAAGGAUGAGAAACCAAUACAUGGUUUAAAAUCAAAUAAAAAUUAUAUAAUAACGAAUGCUGUUGAAAACAUCUUAUCAGCACCAAAAUAAAUAGUUGAUGAUGUAGCUUGGACUUCAAAAAAAGAUUAUGGAAAAGUUCCAGAUUAUUUAACAAAAAUUAAAUAAAGCAUUUCAAGUGAAUAUGAAAUUAUUAGAAAUAUGCAUAUUAGUGAAGCAGAGGAAAUGGAUAAGCAAAAAUAUCUUUUGUCUUUGGAAGAAGUACAAUAAUUAAAAGAAGGACUAAAAAAGAAAUGGGAAUCAGUCAAUAAAGAAUAUUAAUCAAUUACUCAUAUUAGAAUGAUAGAUACUGUUGGUUUAAAAAGAAAGUAAAUAUAAUCAUGAUUAUUACAAGGAAGGAAUAAUGUGAAAAAGAAUUAGCUUAAUUGGAGAAAGAUAUAGAAAAAUUAAAUAAGAAUUAUGUAUUCGUGGAUACAUAAAAAUGA